AUGUCCAAACCAUCCAACAUCGGGAAAUCAUCCUUCGGAAGGACAAUAAGCUUCAUAACGGACAUCAAACUCGCCGAGCUUGAGAAACAACGUCUCGCAUACCAGGCGCAUAUCAAGGUCAUAGACGACUCAAAAGCGUUGGCGGAAAAGGGGGACAUUCUUGGUCAAGUUAAGGUUCUUGCCAAAGCCGUUGAAUCUUGGACAGGAUCCGGUGCAGUCAGCAGACUUGACAGUAUUGGCGGCAAGCUCCAGCUCUCAGACCUUGAUUUUUGGAUCCACCAGGCAGAGAGGGAUCCUAGCUUCAAUCUCGACGUUGCACGAGGCUGGGCACGAACGCUCGAGGAACACAUGCACCACAACACCCUACGUUUUAACGCUGCGAAGCUGUUUGGGAAUCUGUUUAAUGAGUGGAUAUCUAGCGGAGACUCUGCUGCUUUGACCUAUCAAUCCGGAGUGGAAGAGGAGACCUUUGACUCGGAUGCGAUGAGCUUUGUGGAUGUUGGGCGGACGGAUCUGCGUGCAGAGAAGGAGAAACUUGAGUCUGUCAUUUUCGAAGACUAUCCCAUCAACACCGACAAAUUGCAUGAUUACUUGGAAGGGCUAUUUGAUUCGGCGGAGGGAGCAGCUGCAUUGGAGAGGUUGAGGAACAAUUUUGCCAAUUUUGGAUACGCUCUGCAAAGAAAGCCCAUCACAACCGCGGAUGUGGGCUAUGCUAUUCAAGGCUUGUUGUCAUCUGGAUUGAUGGACGAGGAAAAUAGAGACGUGCUGAAGGCGUUCAAGGGGAAUGGUACAGUGAUGAAGGAGUUGGCCAGCGUCCUCAACAUGCGGCUGAGCAAUCUAGGCUCCUGGUGCUGGCCAAAGGAGCCGAUGGUCGUUGAGUUUCGCCGUCACCUUCAUGGAAAAUAUCGGGGUUUCACUGACCCAGAGAUUAUCGACGCACUGUUCCUUCAGCAUAUAGCAGUGGCAUGGCAAGUCGAGAUGAAGAUACGAUUAUUCGAUGUCUUUGACAGUAAAGCUUGGGCGCGUCCUGGUCAACCAACACCUGCGAAUUCAAAACGUUGGUCUAUGCAACUACAGGACGGGGACGGGUCGUUUUCCAUCAAUAGCGCAAGGGACGAUAAUCGGAGACAAUACUUCUUCCUCAAUCGGUUGCAGGACGAAGUGAGCAUCCCAUCGAGCUACGAUGACUUGGUGGAUGCACCUGAAGGUGAUGAAGAAGGCGAAAACAUGGCCUCACCUGCAACAGUUAAGCGCAAGCUACUACAUGUCAUGACCACAGAUUGCUACUUGAACAAAACUCUGCACGGUAGUCACUGUAUGGUCCGUUCAGAUUUGGAGUGGUUUGGACCUUCUCUGCCGCACGACACAAUAUUCACCGUGCUCGAGUUCUUAGGCUUCCCUACACCCUGGCUCAAUUUCUUCCGUGCUUUCCUAGCCACGCCGCUGCGAUUUCCAGAAGAUACCCAGUCUCGCAUCCGCAAACGCGGUACGCCAAUUGCGUAUGCCAUGAGUGUUGUUUUUGGAGAGGCAGUCCUUUUUGUCAUGGAUUUGGCGGUCACUCAGAGGGCUGGAGGCCUGCACCUGUACAGAAUGCACGACGACCUCUGGAUAUGGGAUUCGGAUGCGAAGAAGGUGGCUGACGGGUGGGCAGAGAUGAACACGUAUGCCGAUCUUGCUGGGCUCAAAUUCAACAAGAAGAAAACUGGUUCCACCUUCGUGGGGACACUGACGGAUGACCACGUUAGGCUACCUGAAGGGGAUGUCCGCUGGGGUUUCCUAAAAUUUGACCCAAAUGCUGGUCGAUUUGUUAUCGAUCAGGAGGAUGUUAACCGUCAUAUCGCCGAGACGAAACGCCAGCUUGCGGGUUCGAAAUCCGUAUUCGGUUGGAUCAAUGCCUACAACAAAUAUGUCGCCUCAUUCUUGAGAAAUUUUGGAGGUAUUCCUGCAAAUUGUUUUACCGAUGCGCACAUCAACGAUUUGAUCGAAACCAUGGGUCGUAUUCAGACGGAACUAUUUCCAAAAUACGAGGGUACCGAUGGAGGAGCGGUUGGAUAUCUGAAGAAAACCAUUGAAGACCGCUUUGACAUUAAAGACAUGCCUGAUGGGUAUUUCUAUUUCCCCAUUGCGAGAGGUGGACUGGGGCUGCGUAACGUGGCACUGGAUGUCUUAGGUUUGGAGAAGUUUGGGCGACCUCUGGCAUCAAACGGAAAGACCAACACGUUACCCGAAGAUUUGUUCAAAAAACAAGCUGAGGGUGAUAGGAGCGAAUACGAGGCUAGCAAAGAAAGGCGGGACUCAAGGGUCGGUCCUACAAAGGUCGCAUUUAUGUCAUUUGACGAGUAUACGUCUUUGAGGGAAUCUUGGUUAUCCAGAUGGGGUGAGACGUACAGGGAGAUGCUAUGCUCUCCUAAUCCAAGACGCAUAACCCUUAUGCCAAAGAUUAGGGAGGCCAUGCGGGACAACUCCAGGGACUCAGAAUGGGAUUCGAUAGAUUGGUACGAGAAAUGGAUUCUUAGCGUGUAUGGAGGCGCCAUCAUCGAUAGUUUUGGUGGUCUGGAGGUGGUGGAUCACGAUUUGAUUCCUAUUGGGAUGGUUGAAUUAUUCCGAACAUCGAGGAUGAGUUUAGAGCAAUAG